CAUCUGAAAUGAACAAAUUAAACGCUAGCGUAAAACACUGGGAGACAAUUGAAAUGAACAUGAUGAUAUUUGUUUGGUAUCACAAGGAUAACGCUCAACCCGAUCACUAUCCGCACGAUUUCAUGGCUGAUUGCAAACAAAAACUUAUCGUGAUGGAAAACGCGGUGGACGAGGAGCAUCUAAUUACGGUGCAUGCUAACAUUAUGCCCGGCGUAACUAGCACAUAUGAAAAGCAAACACCGGCUAAAGUAGCUGGCGCAAAAUCAAUCACGGGCGCGUAUGGACAGAUUAAUUUUUUUCUACUUGGUCGCCACAUGUUCAGCUGGCUAAUUAAGUUCACUUGUUAUACCCCGUUGUAUUGCAUUAAUUAUAUCGAUUCAGUUUCCACCGUUAAUGUGAAUGCGGCCACACCUAUUCGGCCCAAUCAAACUGCGCUAAACGUGUUGUAUUUCGCGCCACCUGGCUUGUUUUACCGUUUGAUCGCUGAAUUGGCCAUGUUCUCGUUUCAAAUAGAGGUACGCACAAUAGAAAAAGAUAAUCAGAUUUGGGAAGCGCUUCGUCGACCAAAACGACCGAUAUUUACGUCAAACGAUGAGCUGAUUGUAAAGCGGAGGCCGGUCAUCACCAGAACUACCAACAGGGGCAAUUGUUCGGGCGCUUGGAGUUGGGGUCCAUUGGUUUGUGUGCGUACGGUGUCGUACAGGCGCCGCAACUGGGGGUCAUUGGCGGCCACCUGCGGGCUAGCGGUGGGCUCGACCAUGAAGAAUGUGUGCCCACCACCGUUCAUGGCAGCCGUCAUGUUGGUGAGCCUGGCCAUUUUGAUACGAUUACAGUCGGCCGCGAACACAAAGGCCAAUAUACUAACCCCGAUGUUAAUUAUAAAUGAUGGCAGA